CUCAGCUGGAAGACGGUUAUGUUGUGGAGUGUCAGCUGAAUCUUUGCGUAGUUUCAGCAACAAUGUCUUCAGUUCAGCAUCUGAGAGAGUUUAUCAGAGAGCGACUAACUGCUGCUGCUGAAGAAAUCUUCUCAGAGGUUGAGAAAACCAUCGUCCGCUACGAGGAAGACGCCAGACUGCUGGAAAGCUGCUGGAGACCAAAGAUAAAGACCACCAGAAUCGAACACCUGAGUCAGCAUUUCUGUAACGAGGACGGGGUUCUUACCGACCAGCUGCCCUGUUUUCAGCAGUCCAGCUCCAGUCUGGACCAGAGGGAACCAGAAGCUUCACAUAUUCAGAAGGACCUGCAGGAACAGGGACAUCUGCAUGAUCAAGACAACCAGGAGAGGCGUGAAUAUUCCUGGUUAAAUCUGGACCAGGAGGUAACAGAGCCUUCACAAACUAAACAAUGCCAGGUGGAGCUGAGAUAUCCAGAGAUUAAAGAAGAACUAGACGAUACAGAAGCUCCGCUGAUUGAAAAGGAUCAUGAAAGGCCGGACGUCGUAGAGAUUAAAGAGGAACAAGGCGAAGAAGAACCUCCUCAGAUUAAAGAGGAGCAGGAGGAGGCCUGUAGUAGUCAGGAGGUGGAGCAGUUCAUCCUGAAGCAGGAGCACUUUCAGUUUCCUGAGACCCUGACCCAGGAAACUGACUUCACCGUAGGAGAACCAAACAUCGAGCAUCUUUACUCUCUGAACUUUCCUGUUGCUCAGAUCCAAGGUCACGAAGCGAGCAGCUUUCCUGCGUCAGAGAACCCGUGUGAUUCUGCCGCCGAUAAAUCCGUAAAAUGUGAAGUUUGUGGGAAAGUCUUUAAAAAGAAGCACCAUUUUAAUCGGCACCAGAGAAUCCACUCCGGGGUGAGGCCGUACGCUUGUACCAUAUGUGGCAGAGGCUUCACUCAGAGCGGCCACCUCAAAAACCACAUCAGAACGCACACUGGGGAGAGGCCCUUCUCCUGCGAGACCUGUGGGAAAAGCUUCUCGCAGGUCGUCAGUCUAAACGUCCACAUGCGAAUCCACACUGGCGAGAGGCCGUAUUCCUGCGAAAUCUGCGGGAAGAGCUUUACGGUGAUCACCAACCUGAACUUUCACAGAGGGACCCACGCGGACGAGAGGCCGUUUCCCUGUGAGACCUGUGGGAAAGGAUUCAGCAACUACACGUCGCUGAAGGCUCACAGCAGAAUCCACACGCGGGAGAAGCUGCAUUUCUGUGAGACCUGUGGGAAGAGCUUCACCAAAAACUCCGCUCUGAGCGUCCACAUGAGAACGCACACUGGCGAGAGACCGUAUCUAUGUGAGAGAUGUGGGAAAUGUUUCAUCAGUAAAGGUGAUCUGAAAGCUCACGUGAGGACUCACACAGGCGAGAGGCCGUUCACGUGUGGGACAUGCGGCAAAAGCUUCAUUCAGAGGGGGACAUUGAACGUUCACAUGAGAAGUCACGCCGGGGAGAGCGCCAACGCUGACUGAAGAGGAGUGGCGCUUCUCCUUCAGAUAUACUCACAUUUAUUGUUCUCAACCCAAGAAUUUACAAAACUGUCACACUUCCAGGUCCUCCAAACUAGGCGGAGUUGCAGAUAUGAAGGAUUGUGACUCGGUAAACAAGCACCUGAACUUGUUUUGAGGAAGCUGGAGCUGAGAAGCAGGAAAGUGAGGCACCCUGACAGCACAUCUGAAGACAAAACCAAGCAACCUCUGCACCAAAGACAAAGUGACUCUGGACAAGAGCCACGCCUCAUACAGGAUGUGUACGGCUGUAGGGAAAUCUGAGAAACCACAGACACCAGGAACCAGGCGUCAUGUUUGAGGAGAAAUCUGAGAAUUUCUUUAGUAAGAUAAAUCUUAUUCACAAAGCAUCCCAGGCCUUAAGAGAGCUUUUAAAGUGAAAAAAUGUUGGGAGUAGUGUGGAGGACUUUUCGCGAGCCUGAGAGCGGCUGAAGAAGGAAGAUGGUGGAAACAGAAAGAGCUGAUUGGCUGAUCCACCUAAACAGUGUACGAAAUGAGCACAAACUUCCUUAACAAUCAUACAAUUAAUAUAAUGUAGACAAGAUAAACCUUAUCCCCAUCCAUCCAUCUUCUUUCUCCUAUCCGGGCUCGGGUUGCGGGGGUAGCAGCCUUAGCAGAAGUCCCUCUCUCCAGCCACUUGUGCCGGCUCCUCCGGGGGAAUCUAAGGCGAUCCCAGGCCAGCCGAGAAACAUAGUCCCAUAGACAAUCCCAUCCUCCAGGGUUCUGCUCCAGACGAGAGCAUUUAGUCAGCCGGGUCCAAAUAACAGUCAGCUCUAUAAGCUAAGGAGGCUCCAGUGUUCAGAAGGGGGGGAUUGCUGCAAAGUCAGCGAUUGCAAUCUUGGUGCUAUUGUGCGCAGAAAAGUGCAAUCUUCUUAGUUAGGAAACAUGUUAGAAAAACAAACUGUUGAUCCACAGCUAUGAUCAAGUGGGAUUUAUGAAGCUGAAUUUAAAUCAGUCGGUUAGAUUGGGUUGAAUUUAAAAAUGUUUCUGAACAGAAACCGGAUCUGCUCGUCUUUAAAGUGCCUUAAGACAAGAUCAGCGCUGUAUAAAUGGACAGACCUGAAUGGGUCUGGUUCCCAGAUGACGUCCUGGAUUCAUGUGGUUUGUGGAGAAGUUUUUUAGUUAGUUUUGACGUGCAGGAGUGCAGCGAUCCAUAAGCUGCUUCUCUUCCAUAAACUUCUUUUCUUUGACAUAAUCUGAGUUACUUUGUUAAACUAAAAGGCCUUGGCUGGGAGUUUUUUUUUUGUGUCAGUAAUCACAUUUAUAAUCACAUCAUAACUUUGAGUCGUGAUCUAAUCAUGACGAAGCUUUGCUUUGUGUUUUUUUUUUUUUUUUUCAUGUUGCUUCCCAGCAGCUCCGUAAUGCUCAGUGUUUCUGACUACAUUAGCAGCUCAUGUCUUUGCUUUCACUGUAAAUAGUCUGAUGAUGUCACGCUAAUCCUGCGGGGGGGAAGUAGAGGAUCCACGUCGAGAUGUGAGACGCAGACAGUUUCCAACCAAAGAAGACUGAAUGAUGUUUAACAGGAAGGUGCUUCAGCUGAGUGUUGGCUUGAUGGCGGCAAUAAGCCCAUAUGUGUUGAUUUUUCUUUCCAUUCCAACUGAUUUGCAUGUUUCUCAGUUGCAUUAUAAAAUAAAUAUUUGUCAUAUACAGCAUAUUAAAGAUUUUAAAGGAUUUAUUAAAA